CUUCAGUACCGAAGAACUAACUCCUCUCAGUCCGCCCCUCCACAUUUGAAGGAGCUUGCAACGUAGCCACUGUAGUCUUCCAGGAAAAUAUUGUGCGUCAGCCUGGGUGAUUGCCACAUAUUCUUUAGACUCGAAGAUGUGGACAUCCGAAGGUCACAGGGCACCGAAACGCCCCCGUUAUGAUGAUCAAUCCAUACCAGCUGGCAGGCCUUCGAAUUCUGAUGCCCAUCAUAACGAUGUAAGGGUGAAGUGCGAACAAAGUCCAUCCCCUCCGCCUCCCCAACGAAAGUUGGUCGUGUCCGGGACAAAGCGCUUUGCCCCCUUUCCUUUGAAUUGUUUGCCUUCGAACCCUGGGCACAAGCAGAAUCGAAGGACAUGGGCUAAGAAGUGUCAAAGUGAAAUGGAGGGUCUGAAACUUCAAACGGAAAAGUUGCUUAUCAGAGAUGAUGGCAUAAUAGUAGAUUGGAAGAGUGUUGUCCCAGUUUGGUCAGACACUUUGCAACCAGAACUCGAUCUUGCUGCUACAAUUACACUCGCACAUCAAACAAAUGCCCAACAGCGCCAUGUUUCUCUUCACCACACACCUUCCCGCUCGCAGUCGCAUGUAUCGCUUCCGGUCACUGGUCCUGAUGAUGGUGUUGUAUCUCAAUCCACAUAUGUACAGAAACUACCUAUCCCACCACGGCCACGGAGGAAUGUAGCAUCUCCAUCUGUAUCAUCCUCGCCUGCGGGAGGCUCUAAACCUCAGGCACCACCUAAGCCCGAUCCUCCGACUGCAGAGGUUCCCGCUCAGUCCAAGCCUCCAAACCCCUUUCCGAUGAUCGAGAUAAUACCCGAUGAAGAAGAAAAGAUUUCCAAAAUGACGAUGGAAUAUCUCGAAAGAUAUUUCCAGACGUUCGAUUCGGACCGUGCAAGUCUUGCUUCUGCGUAUUCUAGUAAUGCGUGCUUCUCGUAUCGAGAAGUAAAAUGCUUCUCUCCCGAGUUGCCUCAAUUACACCCUCCAUUACCUCCAUUUGACACGAUCAAGCGUACUCGGCUCGACAUAACCGCAACCCUCCUUUCCCUACCCCCUUUGCAACUCUUACCUUUGAGUGGCUCUGAAGCUCAUAUCGACUAUGACAUUAUGUGGCUUGGCGCCCCCGUUGGAAUGUUCGUUAUUUGUGGGGGCGUCCAUCAUGGGGACUCGUCGAAGUGGCCGGUGACACACAGCUUUAUUCUGCGCCAUAAGGAGGCAUACGAAGAAGACGCGAGGGCUGACGGCGUGUGGCCGCUAGUUGCUGUGGCACAUCAGAUGAUGAUAUUCAGUGGCCAGUAGAUAUAGCUCAUCUUCUAUCAGUGCUUGAUUGUGUACUAGCAUAUUCCUGGUCAUGGUUAGAGAUAAAUGAUAAACUGUAAGUAUCCGAGUCUUUGAUUAGACCAUGACACAGCUGUGUGGGUAUGAUUGUCGGCUCUUGUGGGGCUCGUACUACUCAGCAUAUUGAUUCUGGUGCUAGAGUCCUCGGAGAAUGCGAGUGACGUUAGCUCGGAUAAAGAUCACGAUUACUUUGGCAGUUCUGCAUAUCUGAUUACCUAGUAGCUGUCAAAUGAAGUACGUCUUCGACAAUGAAUCGACAAUGACGUUAAGAAGAGGACUUUUGAGUUUGACACUGAAGGACAGUUUGCAGACUUACC